CAGUCUCCAGGGGUGGGGUUUCCAACCCUUUAAACAACCCUGUUCCCUGUUAUCAGGCUAACUUUUUGCUCUCAGUGCCAGAAUUGAUUGCGCUAAGACAUCUUUCACUGAGAAAUAAAUAAAAUGGAACAUAAUGGGUCUGCUUCAAAUGCUGAUAAAAUCCACCAGAAUCGCCUGUCGAGUGUGACAGAAGAUGAAGACCAAGACGCUGCUCUUACCAUCGUGACUGUGCUGGACAAAGUAGCUGCCAUCGUGGACAGCGUGCAGGCCAGCCAGAAGAGGAUAGAGGAGAGACACAGGGCGAUGGAAAAUGCCAUGAAGACCGUCCAGAUUGACCUGCUGAAGUUUUCGCAGUCACACAGCAACACAGGUUAUGUCAUUAACAAGCUGAUGGAGAAAACGCGAAAGAUCAGUGCUCACAUUAAAGAAGUGAGGGCCCGAGUGGAGAAGCAACAAACUCACGUCAAAAAAGUUGAAUCCAAGCAAGAGGAAAUAAUGAAGAAGAACAAAUUCCGUGUGGUAAUAUUCCAGGAGGAUAUUCAGUGUCCAACGUCCCUGUCUAUCAUGAAAGACAGAAGCUUGACUGCUGAGGGUCCAGAGGAGGAGGACGAUAUCUUCGAUCCCUCAGUUGAUCUGUCUUCGGAUGAAGAAUAUUAUGUUGAAGAGAGCAGAUCUGCCAGGCUUAAAAAGUCAGGCAGGAAGCGCAUUGAUAAUAUCAAAAAGGCCUUUUCCAAAGAAAACAUGCAGAAGACACGGCAGAAUUUUGACAAGAAAGUGAACAGAAUUAGGACUAGAAUAGUGACACCAGAGAGGAGAGAGCGGCUAAGGCAGUCAGGGGAGAGGUUAAGGCAGUCGGGGGAGAGGCUGAAGCAGUCAGGGGAAAGGUUUAAGAAAUCUAUUUCUAAUGCAGCUCCUUCAAAGGAAGCUUUUAAGAUGCAUAGCCUUCGGAAAACUAAAGACCGUGCUGCGGCCGAAGGUCCCGAAGAGGUCAGGGAGAUAGGGGUGGACAUCAUUGCCAGGAGCGAGUCUCUGGGCCCCAUCAGUGAGCUGUACACCGAGGUGCUCAGUGAAACAGACCCCAAGGAGGCCAGAGCCUCACAUCCUCCCCGAGAAGGUGGGGAAAUCUCGACCCCCGAGCCUUUAAAAGUUACUUUUAAACCCCAGGUGAAAGUAGAGGAUGACGAAUCUCUUUUGCUAGAUUUAAAGCAGUAAUUAUAAAGAGGAAUUAAGUAUAUUAUAAUUGUAAGUCUCCUUAAUCACACAGUUUUAGUUUAAUUAGCAUAGUCAUUUACAUGUAUAUGCCAUAUAGGAAAACAUAAGUGGUAUGGCUGUCUCAUUUCUUAGGUUUAAAAUUUUAAAGGUAAUACAAUUAUUAAUAUACAUUUGCUUAAUUAAUAUACACUUCUUGGGGAAUUCUUUUUUUUUUCC